AUGACCGGUGCCGUCGUCGCCUCCUCCCUCCGCGGUCGCCGCGCAGAGCGGUCGUCGCGCGGAGCGGCGACGGCGCGCGCGGCCGGGCCGGUGCUGACGCUGGGGACCCGUGGCUCACCCUUGGCGCUGGCGCAGGCCUACGAAGCCAAGAGACGCCUAGGGGAGGCUUUCCCCGAGCUGGCUGACGACGAGGCGGUGGAGAUUCGCAUCAUCUCCACCACGGGCGAUCAGCGCUUGGAGAUCUCCCUGGCCGAGAUCGGUGGCAAGGGGCUCUUCACUCGAGAGCUGGAUGUGGCACUGGCAAGUAAGGAGGUGGACUUUUGCGUCCACUCCACCAAGGACGUGCCCACCGAGCUGAUUCCGGACACCGAGCUGUGCACGAUGCUCCCCCGCGAGGACACCCGGGACGUGCUCAUCAGUGGAGAUCCCGAGAAGAUCAAGUGCAUCGAGGACUUCCCGGAUGGCAGCUUGAUCGGGACUGCAUCCCUUAGGCGGCAGGCGCAGAUCUACAGCAAGAAUCCCAACGUGAAGUGUGUGAACUUCAGAGGCAACGUGCAGACCAGGCUACGCAAGCUCCAAGGUGGAGAUGUGAAAGGCACCUUCCUGGCCUAUGCGGGCCUGAAGCGAAUGAGCAUGGAGGAACAUGCGACCAAAGUCCUGGAGUGGGACGAGAUGCUCCCAGCCAUCGCCCAAGGUGCCAUUAGUUUCCAGUGCCGGUCUGAUGACGAGCGGGUCUUGAACUACUUGAAGCCCUUGUCCCAUGAUGACACCUUCCAGUCCGUGACCUGCGAGCGCGCCUUCCUGGCGGCGCUCGAUGGGAACUGCAAGACGCCGAUCGCAGGGCAAGCGAAGGUCAUCGAUGGGGAGUUGCAUUUGAAGGGCCUGGUGGCCUCCCCCGACGGGAAACAGAUCUUCCGAACUGAGCGCACGGGGAAAGUGUCCGAGGCCACGGAGAUUGGUCGGGACGCGGGGAAUGAGAUCCGAAAAGAAGCGGGAGAGGCGUUCUUCCAAGAGAUGCAGGAGACCCCGCGUGGCGCGGAACGGAACGCGGGCGGAGGUUCGAGCGGCGGGCGUUGCACCGGAGGGCGAACGGGCGGUGCUGGCGACCUCAGCAAACGCGGAGACCUCCGCACGAAGUGA